AUGGGCGGCUUUCAUAUUCUACAAGGGCGGCAACAUCUUCUGCCGCCGCCGCAGCAGCAGCAGCAGGAUAUGGACGCUGCAGAGGGACAUGGCGACGCGAAUGCGGGCCUGCACAUAAAGGCGCAGACGGUGACCGGCGCCGAGGCCGGUGACGGUGACGGUGACGGUGACAGUGCGUCAGGGAGAGCCGUGGCGGAGUGGGCGUCGGGUGCGGAACCGUCGCGCUCGAGCGUUGACCCCUCCUGCAACUCUGCUGACAGCGAGAACGUGUCCGCGACCCCGAGCCGCCCCUCAUCGGCGCCCGCCGCUGCGCGCAUGCCGUUAUCUCCGCCAACAUGUGCGCGGGCUACUACGGAGGGGAAAGCGGUGCGCGGGGUUGGCGGCGCGCGGAACGCAGUGGGGAUGGCGGCGAUGUCAGACCCGCCGGCGUGGCGGCAAUCCGCCGACUCGGAGUCGGAGGUAGAGGAGUGGUGCAACGAUGGAGCGCCGCGCGCGGUGGAAGCAAGUGGCGGAGCUGCACUGGGCGGGGAGGCUGGCACAACGAGCGGAUGCGCUGUUGCAGUAUGCGGAGGAGAGAGGGCGCAGAGUCCUAUUCACAUGGACCGUCGAUCGGACUGGCCAGAUCGGAUUCUGGAAGAGUGGUCGUGGAUGCGUCCGACGAUGGCUGACGUGGCGUUUCAAGAGGAGUGUGACGUGGCAUUUCCAUUGGAGCGUGACACGGUGUUUCAAGUGGACCGUGACGUGGAGGAUGAGAGCAUGUCACAACUCUUGAGCGGCGUGAAGCUCACGGGGGAAACGACGGGGAAGGCGACGGUCUCGGAGGGUAAAUCACCCUUGAAUUGCACAACUGUAGAGGGCAGUAAUUCGGGCAGCGGCACGCCCUGGAGCAGCGAAGGCAAGGCGGGAGUGGACGAGUGUCCAGGCCAUGGAUUCAACGACGGCUUGAAGGGACGCUUGAAUGGCGGCUCGGCGGAGCGUUUGGAGAGCUUAUAUGAGGGGCUGCAGGGCACGAGGACGGGAGGAGGCGAGCUGUGGAAGGCGCUGUGCAGUCUCGGGUGCGUUGGGGGCUUGCAGAGCAGCCACACCACCAUGUCGCCACAACGGCACGCCCAGCAGCACGCCCAGCAGCAGCAGCGGAGUUUCGUGGACUCUCCACCGCGUUCUGACCUUCCAACCCGUUCGUGGUUCCACCAGUGUGACUCCCCCCACCCGACCCACACACCUCUGCCUCUCCUGCUUCCUCUCUCCCCCGUCCCUUCAGCACCACCACGGCCACGAGCUCUGCACACCCCCUGUAAGCACAGCCCCUGUCGAAACACCCCCUGCAGCAACCGUGAGUUCAAGCGUCCCAGGAGUGGCAUCUCCGGGAGCCCACUGGCAGGCAGCUGCCGUGUGCCGCUUAUGCCUGGCAACCUGCCGAAUGGCACCCGCUCCAGCACCUCUGGCAGCCCCGGGAAUGCGUUUGGGGCACGACUUUGCCCUGGUUCGCCCGUGGUUGCUGCUGGUGGUGGUGUUGGUGGUGGUGGUUCGUGUUGUCCCCUCUGCGUUCCGCUGUCCUGCAACACCACCUCUGCACGCUCUGGCUUUGCUGCUGCGGUUCCUGCACCUGCACGCGCCUCUGGCCCUCCUGCUUCUGCCCCUUACCCCGCUCCUGUUCCCGCAGCUGUUGCCGUGAAUGUGAAUGCCACGCGCCAGAGAUGGGGACACUCUAUCACAGCGGGAGCUGCAGCCUCGCUCAGCAACAGAUCGCCUCAGUGCAGCAGAUCGCACCAACCACACUCAGAUCCACGUGUUACCCUCCCAGGCCUCCCCACCCUCAAAGGCCUACCAAGCCUCCCAAGCCUUCCUGGCCUCCCACCUUCGCCGAGCCUCUCCCCUCUGUCAGGCCUCGCCAUUCGUGCCUCUCCUCCCGCUCUGCCUUGGUGCCCUCGUCUCGUCAACCCUCCGUUGGCGACCGGUUGGUCAGGGCGCUCCUCUCCUGCUCGCAAGGCGUUGGGUAUCUCCUCUGCUGUGCCGCUUACACUAGAGAUGCAACUGGGACGGCUGCUGGAGCAGUGUCAACAGGAGAUGCAGCAGCAGCAUCAGCAGCGGCAACAGCAGCAGCAGCAGCAGCAGCAGCAGCGUCGGGCAGUAGCAGCACCACCAGUUCCAACAGUGCCGCCUCUGCCCACAGACUUUGAGGAGUUCUGGACCUCCCUUGACCUGCACUGCGAGGACAUGUGA